UCUUUUGUACUAGCUAGUGUCGUCGUGUCAUUACUUCGGUUAAAACUCGGUAAAUGUGAUUUUCCUAUAAUUCAUGUAAAGCCACUAAGAAUUUGAGGUGAACCACAGUGGUUCUUUUAUAUUCAGUAUCCAAAACUAUCAAGUCACCUUACUUUUAGUUGACGAACGGAAGUAGAAAUUGCCGAAUAAAAAUAUCGGGCUUAGGAAGAAAACAAAACAGACCAUCAUUUGUAUGUACCCACUACCACUUAAUUAGUGUUAACAAAAAAGAAAGGGGGCUUAGGCCCAUUAUAAAGUCAGUCGGUUUAGUUAGAAAUAAUUAGGGUUAGCGUCUGUAGCAAGAAAAGAAACAGUUAUACAUAUAUAUAUUCUUUCUCUGCCGCUUCAAGGAGUUGAUUUGCUUAUUCUUGUAGAACAACACUUGAGGCUUGUAACGUCGUUCUUCUUCUUAAGGUUAAAAUGGGAGACAAUCAUACCAACGACGACAAGAACAUUGUGAUGUGGAAGAUGAAGAAGCUGGUCAAAUCCCUUGAAGCUGCUAAGGGAAACGGAACUAGCAUGAUCUCACUCAUCAUACCUCCGCGUGGUCAGGUCUCUCGCGUUAGCAAGAUGUUGAGUGAUGAGUACGGAACCGCAUCAAACAUCAAGAGCAGAGUCAAUCGCCAAUCUGUUUUGAGCGCCAUAACUUCUGCGCAACAAAGGCUGAAGCUUCACAAUAAGGUCCCUCCCAAUGGUCUAGUGCUCUAUACCGGCACUAUUGUCAACGAGGAAGGAAAGGAGAAGAAGGUUGCUUAUGACUUUGAGCCGUUCAAACCUAUCAACAAUACUCUCUACCUCUGUGACAACAAGUUUCACACUGAAGCUCUUAGUGAGUUGCUGGAAUGUGAUGAGAAGUAUGGUUUCAUUGUAAUGGAUGGAAACGGCACUCUCUUUGGAACUCUUAGCGGUAACACACGUGAGGUGCUUUACAAGUUCUCUGUUGAGCUUCCGAAUAAACACGGAAGGGGAGGACAGUCUGCUCUUCGUUUUGAUCGUCUUCGAACAGAGAAGCGUCGCAAUUACUUGAGGAAAACUGCUGAGCUCGCCACCAGGCUAUACAUCUGUCCUUCGACAAGUCAGCCUAAUGUGUCCAGGAUGAUAAUUGCCGGUUUAGGGGAUCUCAAGACUGAAUUGAGUCACUCAGAUAUGCUUGACCCCCGGCUUACGGCAAAGAUACUGAAUGUGGUGGGUGUAUCACAUGGAGGAGAACGUGGUUUCAAUGAGGCUAUUGAGCUGUCAUCUGAAGUCUUGGCGAAUGUGAAGUUCAUUCAAGAGAAGCGUUUGAUAGGGAAAUACUUUAAGGAGGUAGACCAGGACACGGGGAAGUAUGUGGUUGGCUUGGAUGAUACGUUGAACGCUUUGGAUUCGGGUGCUGUCGAGACACUUAUUGUAUGGGAGAAUCUUGAUAUCAACAGAUAUGUGAUGAGGAACACUCUGUUUCUGGAAAUUUUGGAUUUGUACUUUUCGAUUCUUGCAAAACAGGUGUAUCUGAUCAGAAUUUGUCUUUAG